AUGGCAGCCGUUCGCAUAGCACCAACCCGAGCAGCAAGAGCACUUAAUCUCUUGCGUGCAGUAGGCACACAUGGUCCAGGAUGUCCAUGCCACAGCAACCCAGGACACCACCACAACCCUCUUAGCAUCUCACAAGGCCGCCGUGCACUCGCGACACCUAUCGACUACUCGCAACAGAAAGAGUAUGCCUUUGAGAUGGCAGCAUCUAGCAUUCGAUUUGGAGCUGGCUGUACCAAGGAGGUUGGCAUGGACUUCAAGAACAUGGGUGCCAAGAAGGUCAUGAUCGUGACCGACAGCACUGUCUUGAACUUGACUGCCAUGAAGCAGGUACAGGAAGGCCUCGAUAGAGAAGGAAUCAAAUACGAGAUCUACAGCAACUGUCGAGUCGAGCCCAAGGAUCAUUCGAUCAAGGAAGCAAUUGCAUUCGCCAAACCCCACGCUCCGGACGCCUUCCUUGCUGUUGGAGGCGGUUCGGUCAUUGACACGGCGAAGCUCAUGAACCUUUAUACAACCUUCCCUGAGGCUGACUUCCUCGACUUCGUCAACGCCCCUCUUGGUAAAGGAUUGCCUAUCCAGGGCAAGCUUAAGCCUCUUGUCGCAGUACCCACAACAGCAGGAACUGGCUCUGAGACAACAGGCACGGCCAUUUUCGAUCUAGUGUCAAGGAAGGCAAAGACGGGUAUCGCACAUCGCAACCUGAAGCCGACGCUGGGCAUAUGCGAUCCUCUCAACACUCGUACUAUGCCUUCUGCUGUGCACGCAUCCAGUGGUCUCGAUGUUCUUUGUCACUCUCUGGAAUCAUGGACCGCCAUUCCUUACCAUGAACGUGUACCAAGACCCCGCAACCCCAUCGAACGACCAGCAUACCAGGGUGCCAACCCUAUCUCAGACAUCUUCAGUCUGCAAGCCUUGAGGGAUACAGUCAAGUACUUGCCCAGAGCGGUCAAGGACCCAGAUGACCACGAAGCACAGAGCAAGAUGCUGUUGGCAGCAACCUUGGCAGGUGUUGGUUUCGGUAAUGCAGGUGUUCAUUUGUGCCACGGCAUGAGUUAUCCUGUCAGUGGUCAGAAUCCAGGCUACAAGCACAAUGGUUACGAGGUCGACCACCCGAUCAUUCCUCACGGUGUCAGUGUCGCCGUUACCGCACCUGCCGUUUUCAAGUUCACUGGAGCAAGCAACCCGGAAAGACAUCUUGCGGCAGCCGAGUGCUUCGGUGUGGACAUCAGUCAGGUGAAGAAGGAAAGUGCUGGAGAAGUCCUGAGUGAGGCACUGGCCAAAUUCUUAUUAGAUCUGGGUGACCAGCCCAGAGGAUUGAAGGAUCUGGGCUUUGGCAGGAGCGACGUGGAUCAGCUGGUGGAGGGAACCAUGCCACAAGCAAGAGUAUUGAUGUUGGCACCUAGCUUGGAUAUGCAGAAUGUGGACGAGGAAAGGGCACAGCUGAGAGAGCUCUUCGAAGAUGCCAUGGAACACUAA